CUGCUUGUGGUGAAGAAAAUUAAUAAAGUAGAAAAAAUUUCAUGGACGUUUCUGAGUCAGAAUCGCCCAUUAGGUAGAGAUAAAUUUCAGUGUCUUAAACUCCCUCAAACUCGUUCCAGCAUCGUUAAAGCGAUAGUGGUAUUCAAUAUUUGAUCUCUCAACCAAGUUAGGUUAGCAGUCAAACCAUUAUUUUCACGAAAUGGAUCAUGUCACGUCGACGUCCCCUAACUGGGUGGUAGAGUCUGGCAGUCCAAAUUCUGCAAAUGCACAAGAAGUGGAAAAACCUAAUUCUGAGUGGAAGAUUGAGGACCAGCCCCGCCCAGAACAGCACAUUUUGUUUGAUAGUCACUCCAGUACACAGGAAGAAGUGGACAAGUCACAGCAGCAAGACGAAUCCAUUCAACCUGAAACAAACUUGUCAGAAAGAGCAAAAUCACCAGAAAAGCACAAUGAAUCUGACGUAAGUGUUGAAAAGAACCUAUUUAUGACAGAUGAUGGAGAAGGAAAUUGUGACAAUGAUGGUGUGACUACCACUAAGCAAGAGGGUGUUGACAAGGUUGAGGAGCAAGAAAAGCAAGAGCAAAAAAUUCCAUUGACUGUUAAUGUACCUUCACCUGAAACACAAGAGAAACCAGUAGAAGAGAAGAAGGAAGAAAGCAUUGAAGAGAACUUGCAUACAAAACCUGAAGGAGAUGCGAAUGAUGGCAAAACUGGCCAGUCAGAAGAACUGAAGUUGGUACAUGAUGAAAAGAAUCAACAAGAUACCCCCUUGGUUGAACAGCCAUCAACAGUUGAACAGGUAACCAAUACACCCAUUGAAGAAAAGGUUGAUGAAAACUUGUUGGUAACAGAAGAUGGACAUGAUGGCAAAAAAUCCUCUGGACAUCAAGAAGUACACAUGGCUAAGCAGGAAGAAGAACCCAGACAAGAAACUCAUUCAGUUGAAAAUCCACCAGCGACUGAUGAAAAAUUAAGUAACCAAGAAGUGGAAGAAAGCCUUGACCAGAUAAUGUCAGGACUGUCAAUCCAAGAAACUGAGCCGAGUAAAGAUCAAACAUUCCAUGCUGAAGCUGAGCUUAAAGAAGGCAAAGAUGAAGUUACUGAGCAGAAGAACGACACCUUAUUCCAAGAAACAGGUCCUGAUGGAGAACGUCAAACAGCUCAACCAAUUGAUUUGCAAAAAGAUGACCCGCUCAUUCAAGGAAAUGAAAUAAUAAUGGAGGAAGAGAAAGUUUCCACUGCAGUUGAAGAAGAAAAAGUUCCAGUAGCAGUUAAAGAAGAAAAGACAGAGGUAACUGUUGAAGAAGACAUGGUUCCGAAAGCAGUUGAAGCAGAAAAGGUUUCGGAAGCAGUUGCAGAAGAAAAGGUUCCGGAAGCUGUUGCGGAAGAAAAGGUUCCGGAAGCUGUUGCAGAAGAAAAGGUUCCCGUAGCAAUGGAACAAGAAAGUACUCCUGUAGCUGUGGAAAAAGAAAAUAUUCCGGUAGCAAUGGAUCAAGAAAAUAUUCCGGCAGCAAUGGAACAAGAAACCACUCCAGUUGUAAAAGAAGAAAAUAUUCCCGUAGCUAUGGAAGAACAAAUUCCUGAGGUGCAAACUGAAAUAGUUCAAGCAACUCCCAUGCCUGAGCCAGAGAUGAACACGCGCAAAGAAAUAAUUGACAUGGAGCCAAAAGAUGUCAUUCCACAACCUGUGGCAGUUGCUAGUGAAGUUGAUCACGUCAGUCAGUCCGCCGAAAUCAACGAAUCGUCCGAGAUCAAAGUCGAAGAAUCUAAAAGUGAAGAGAUCGUUGAUGUUCCCAUGUGCGACCCUGUACAAGAGGCUGUGUCUUUAGCAACUAUCGCCACGGUGGAAUCUGCAAGUCCAGUUAUGAACUCUGACUUCCAAGCAAGGAGUCCGACACCCCCAACAGCACUCCCAAUUUCAUCGUCGUCGCCUUCUUCAAAAGUGGAAACUACUCCACCUGGUGAUAUGCUUCAUCAUAUCAAGAACAUUCAAUUUAAGGACAAGAAUGUCGGAAUUGUGACGCAAAAUGAAAAUGGUCCCUGCCCCUUGGUAGCUAUUAUUAACGUCCUGCUACUCCGACGUCAAAUCACGCUGCCAACUCAUUUAGAGAUCGUUUCGGCUGCAAAGCUGAUGGAGUACAUUGGCGAUGCAAUGCUUGAAAGUGUUCCUAAGAAUCUCAGUGGGGAGGUUCGCCUUAACUAUGAGCAGAACAUGCAUGACGCAAUGGCCGUUCUUCCAAAGUUGCAGACUGGAUUGGACGUCAAUGUCAAGUUUACCGGCGUUCGUGAUUUUGAGUAUACGCCUGAAUGCAUCAUUUUUGAUUUGCUACGAAUUCCCCUCUUUCACGGCUGGUUAGUCGAUCCGCAAACUCCAGAAGUAGUAGCAGCCGUUGGUCAAGCUGGCUACAAUCAGCUGGUGGAGAAAGUGAUCAGUCAAAAGUGUUCCAAUGACGAAAACGCAGUGCUCGAGGCUUUGGUGAUUGAAAACUUUUUGGAACGUAGCGCAUCACAACUAACCUAUCAUGGACUUAGCGAGCUUACAACUUCUAUGGAAGACGAUGAAAUCGGGGUGCUAUUCCGCAACAAUCAUUUCAGUACUAUUUACAAGCGUCAAAAGGAGCUGUUGCAGUUGGUGACUGACCAAGGAUUUCUUGGUGAAUCUAGCGUGGUCUGGGAAACUCUGGGCAGCAUCGAUGGUGACGGCCAGUUUGUCGAUAGUCAUUUCCGCACAGUUCCACCCAAGCCAGAACUCGCACCCAGCGGCGACUCUGCUUCCCCCAAUACAUCCGCUCAAUUGACCGCCGAGCAACAGAUUGAUCAUGAGUUUAGUUUCUUAGUGGCCUUGUCUCUCCAAGAGGAGCAGCAACAAGAGCAGCCCGCAGCUGUUCAAGAAGAAGUCGUUCGAGAUGUAGGGGAGGAUGUCGCUAAAACGUUGGCCGAAGAUGAAAAAACUACUCAAGAAUUGAUGGAUUUGGAGUUGGCUCGUCAGUUGCAGCAAGAAGAAGAGAGACAAGCCGCUGAGGCUGAAACUGUCGAGAGGGAAACUGCAGCAGCUAGCUCGCAGUCACCACCAGCUACAGGUCAGCGCUCACCGCCACCGCCUCAGCCCUCGAAGAAGAAAGACUGCACUUUCUUGUGAUUUUCUCGUGAUGGAAACAAUCUCCUCUGGAAACGCCCAACAUAUUUUUUUUCGUUGCAAAGAUAACAGAACUUCAAAUUUAGCUCCUCUUUCUUUCACUUUUUCCUACUGUUCAGUGGACAGGUCUGUCCCAAAAAAUUACUCCUUUCUAACGCAUCUAUCCAGUUCACAUACUAUUCAUAAGUUCUUGUUUAUUUUCUUGUGCUAGUCACACGGAGUUAUUAAAAUGACCAUUUAUGAACACGUC